AUGCACAAACAAGCCGUCAUAUGUGUCUAGCCUGUACUGCUGCUGGCUCAGAUUGAUAGCGGUUAUCACCAGGAGAGCUAACGGCUUUUCAGUGCAGCCCUAGCCGGACUGGUGCUAGGGAAGUGACCGUCGUCUCCCGGAGUACCACCGACAUCCCCCCUUAUUGCUGAUUCUGUCUGUGUGCGAUCUGUGGGGCCGCAUCGAUCACAUAAUAGAUAGUCGGGGCUUCCGGGGCCCCCGUUAACCGGAUCGCUUACCUGGGCGCUGGUACCGGCCCAUCAGGCGCUCAAACCAUGAAUUACGUGGGGCAGUUAGCAGGGCAAGUAUUUGUCACGGUGAAAGAGCUCUACCGAGGCCUAAACCCCGCCACGCUCUCGGGAUGCAUCGACGUCAUCGUGGUGAGACAACCUAAUGGCAACCUGCAGUGUUCCCCCUUCCACGUGCGUUUCGGGAAGAUGGGAGUGCUACGCUCUAGAGAGAAAGUGGUUGAUAUCGAAAUUAACGGAGAGUGUGUGGAUUUGCAUAUGAAACUAGGAGAUAAUGGAGAAGCAUUUUUUGUUGAAGAAAUGGAAGAUAAUGAGGUAUCCAUACCCUCGUACUUGGCCACUUCGCCUAUAUUACUGGAAGGAGCUGCUCUGAUGGAAUCGCAGCUAAAGAGGAACUCGAUGGACUGGACCAGGAGCGGUGACCAACCUGGGACCUCACACGCCGGUCAGGCUGGGACAGAGAACUCUUCAAACAGCUCUGUGAAAAAAAGGCGUAAACGAAGGAGGAAGUCCAGACUGGAUAACGUGAAGAGGGAAGAAAAUGGGGACACCACCGAAGACGAGGAUAUGUUCCCUAUAGAAAUGAGUUCAGAUGAGGAGACGGAGGCACUCGAAACGGCCAGAUCAUCUGUUCAGAACAGCUACAGUGACCGAACCUCUGAGAUGAGACCCCCACAAGUCAGCUCUUUCCCCAUUUUGGAUGCAUACCCUCAUUCUGAUGGAGAGUGGUCACCCAUUCAAAGUAAAUCAGUAAAACGCAGAGAGUCUUCCUCUCAUCUCCUCGUUCCAUCUGAUGGAGGUCUCUCUAGUUCUUGCCCUCAACAGUCUUCUUUCCUCCGUGCUUCUGACAGCCCCCCAGGUUCCCGUCCCGCCACCCCUAAAAGCGAUUCAGAAUUGGUCAGCAAGCCUUUGGAUAGAGGGUUACAAACUGAGCCCCCGAUGCACUGGGCAUGGGGGGAGCUGCCACAAGCUAAAAAGUCUUCUCCACAUAAAUCCAAGGAUGCAGGCACCGUGAGCAUCAGUAUGAGUGAAAAGACCCAUUUCAGGACCAUCCCCAGCGCUUCCGAUGAGGGCAAAGGCUUGCCUCGUGACCCUGACCUGGAUAAGCCUGUUUUGGUUACUAUAGAAGACGUUGGUCCUGAUUCUGUUCUGAACAUAAGCGAGUUUGAUCCUGGAUCUCUCGGAGCAGCUGCGGCCCUUCUCCCCGCAGAAGAAGACAUAAGCCCCAUGACCACUGGUUCCCACCACCUUCCCAGCAAGACGGAUUCUCCUUCAAAGAAGAAAGAUAAACGGAGCCGACAUCUUGGGACGGAUGGCGUAUAUUUGGAUGACAUCACUUGUAUGGAUCCAGAAGUUGCUGCAUUAUAUUUUCCAAAAAGCGGAGAAGCCUCUACCUCGAGCAGGAGCACCAGUGAGAAUGGAGCGCGGUCUGAAAACCAGUCUCCCCAGUCCGUGGGGAGCUCCGGGGGGGACAGCGGCGUGGAAAGCAUCUCCGAUGGAAUUCGAGAUCUGCCCUCCAUAGCCAUAUCGCUCUGCGGAGGACUGAGUGAUAACAAAGAGAUCACAAAAGAGCAGUUUUUAGAGCAAGUGGUAACUUACCAGCAGUUUGUGGAAAACCCUGCAAUUAUUGAUGACCCAAACCUUGUUAUAAAAAUUGGAAACAAGUACUUCAACUGGCCAACAGCAGCGCCUCUCCUCUUGGCCAUGCAGGCUUUUCAGAAACCCCUGCCUAAGGUAACUGUGGAUACGCUCAUGAGAGACAAGAUGCCCAAAAAGGGAGGAAGAUGGUGGUUUUCAUGGCGCGGAAGGAACACCAAUAUUAAGGUGGAGGCUAAGCCAGAAGAAGGAUUGAACGGGAGCGGAGAACAAGCAGCUGUGACAGGCAUUGAAAACAGAAUAAAGGAUGAGUCGUCUUCAAGUGAUGAAGACCCCAGGGCAGCCAAACAAAACAUAGGCUCUUUACAGUCAACCCAGACUCUCCUCUCCUCGUCCGGCAUAACGUAUAAAAAGACGCUGCGUCUCAGCUCCGACCAGUUGAAAAGCCUUAAACUGAAGAGUGGCCCCAACGAUGUUGUAUUCAGUGUCACAACUCAAUAUCAGGGUACCUGCCGUUGUGAAGGCACCAUUUACCUGUGGAACUGGGAUGAUAAAAUCGUUAUUUCUGAUAUCGAUGGGACCAUCACCAGAUCUGACACAUUGGGUCAUAUUUUGCCAACACUUGGGAAAGACUGGACUCACCAAGGAAUUGCAAAGUUGUAUCACAAAGUUAGCCAAAAUGGCUAUAAGUUCUUGUAUUGUUCAGCCCGUGCUAUUGGAAUGGCAGACAUGACGCGAGGAUAUCUCCAUUGGGUGAACGAGCGAGGGACAGUGCUACCUCAGGGACCCGUUCUUCUAAGUCCCAGCAGUUUGUUCUCGGCCUUGCACAGGGAAGUGAUAGAAAAAAAACCUGAAAAGUUCAAGAUCGAGUGCCUGACCGAUAUCAAAAACCUCUUCCUCCCCAAUCUGGAGCCUUUUUAUGCUGCAUUUGGAAACCGUGCCACCGACGUUUGUUCGUAUAAGCAAGUGGGGGUUUCCUUAAACAGAAUAUUUACAGUCAACCCCAAAGGAGAGCUGAUUCAGGAGCACGCAAAGACGAACAUCUCCUCCUACGUCCGACUCUGCGAGGUGGUGGAUCACAUUUUCCCUCUUCUGAAGAGAAGCCAUUCGUCCGACUUCCCCUGCUCGGAUACGUACAGUCAGUUCACGUACUGGAGAGAGCCUUUGCCCCCGUUUGAAAACCAAGACAUUCAUCCCCCAGCGUCUUAAGAAUGACUGAAUAGUGCAUAAGGUUUUGUGUAUUAACCCCCACGGUACAAGGAGGGUGUAGAAAGCAAUGCAGAACAUCCACAUGCAAUGCUCUAGGAGGCACUUAGGAGGAACGGUCACAGCAUUUCAUAAUCCCCCAUUGUCUGGGGGGGCUGCUGAAAUGAUUUUGUCAGGAAUAAUUCGGAUGGGAUUUCCCGUUUCCGGGAGGUUCGUAUAGAAUCGCGUUCUUCAGAGAAACCGUAUUGAUUGAUGUCUGAGCUUCCUAUACACACGGCUAGAAGGAUUGUCUACCUGCUGCGUAAUAGAAUGCAUAUCGCCCGCGUUUAUCUAUGUCCCCGGAGCCUGUCUUGGGUUCAGUUUGCAUCUGAUGGCAAAGUCAGGGUUUCGGAA